AAGAACAAUAGACUCCCUUCGUUUGUUCAAUAUACGCUUCAGUUUGCCAUUGUAAGUGAGCGUCCCAGAUUUGGCUUUGUAGUGGCUUACACUUCCGCUUCAUAGAUUCUGUAUUGGUGUGGCUCGACUGUGAUUUUGAGAACAAAUUUUGUACUUUCGAUAUACAUGUAAGAUACUAAAGUACGUUCCCUGACGGUUGUUGGACAACAGAAAAUGUUCCCUACCAACAACAAAAAGGAAAACAAAAGCAGAAGCGUAUUUCGAAGUCAAAACGUAAAAGAAAGAUAGAGAGAGAAAAAAAAAAAGAGAGAAAGAAAGAGAGAGAGAGAAGAGGGAGAGAGAGCGGGAGAGAGAGAACAGGAAAAAGUGUUAACACUGUAUGAAAUCUAGAAGAAGCAACAACGGUGAUUAGAGAAAUGUGAUAUUCAUUCCAUUGUCAAUUUAUAUGUAAAGACUUCAAUUAAAUUUUGAAGAAAUUUCAGAGAAAAAACACAAAGGCGAUAUACAAUGUUUUGGGUUUGCUGCGGUAAAAACACUCGAACACUACCCCAAAUGGAAUUAUUUAACAGGAAACUAAACUUACCAAAAGUCAAAUGAUUUAUUGGAUUUACAGGGAAUCUUUUUGGAAUAAAAAUGGUACCUAUAGGAGGAAUUCAAACAUUUUUAAUAUUCUUGGAUACUUUUAACGUAGCAAAUGGAAUCUCAAACAGCAAUCGACGACAGCAAGUUGUGGUGGCCACUUCAGAAUUUGUGAUUUCCAUAAAACCAAUCCAGACUCCUGCUGUGUCUGCCACUGACAGCUCCGAUAUUAAUGCCAUCAGCUGCACAAAGCUGUAAUCAAUACAACCACAUCUAUGAUCUAUGUGCUACUUUUAUUUAAAUGCCAUGCUGCCAAGUGUGAGAGCCAUUCUCAACACUUACAAAGAACCAUAUGCUACCGAUCAAAACCUUCGGAAAAUACAACUCUAUUCAGGAACAUAAUUAGCUCAGCUACAAAUGGAGCCAAGCCCUACAUUUAAAUAUCUUGGAAUUUUAUGGUCUAUAUGAAGACCAGUUCUUAGAAGCUACAGUUUCUUUCUCUCACCUGUUCUUAUUGCAAUCAAUUAUCUUUACACCUUAUAUCUCUCUUCUCUCUCUCUCUCUCUCUUUAACAUUAUUAUUUUCCUGUGUUCACUUGUUUUCUUUCCAUCUAAUUUUUUUUUUAAUUUUUUAUUUCCUUAACACCAUCAUCUAACCAUUAUUUAUUCUUGUAGUUUUGAAUACUAGUGUCUUUGAAUAAUAACAAAUAUCACAAUAAUACUAAUAAAAAUAGUAAUCACACACUAAAAAAAAAAAAAAACAAGUGAAAAGAAAAAGAGAGAGAGAAAUAGGAAAUUUCCAAAAAAUACAAGAAAUAUCAAAUUAUAAAGGGAAAUUUUUACCAGUGAAAAGGAGAAAAAAAAAAUUUACAAGUUGUAGAAAAAUAAAAGAGGUAAAAAAAAAAGAAACAAAUUUUUAAAGAAGUAAUUGAAAUCAAGUGAAAGUGUGUUGCAGUUGUUGUAACUACACUCAAAUACUUUAAAACCAAUUGCUAACUGUGGUUAUAAACACAUAUACAUACAUAUUUAUACUACAGUUAUAUAGAUAUUAUUAUAUAUAUAUAUUUAUAUACACACAUACAUGUUGACAUUUAUUUGGUGAUAUAUUAAAAGAAAAUAUACAAGGAUAUUUGCACGCAGCCAACCACAAACACAUACACACACAUACAUACACACAUGCAUAUAAGCAUAUUCUUUCACUGAUUAAUUCAGAUAAUCUGUAAAAUGAACAAAUUAUCAAACUGUAUGAUAUUAUUCAAAGCAGAUCAAAGGCAAAACAAAAACAGAGAAAAAGGAAAACACAAAAAAAAGUAAAAAGAAUAAUUACAGUCCAGUUUCCUUUGUCAGGGAUUGAACCAUUGGAAACUGUUGAACAUUCUGCUCCCCAACCCCACCCUUUUGUUUAAAGUUUGAGUCUCUUGUCUUUCAUUCAUAAAUUCUUCAGUUGUCUUUUAAAAAAAAAACCGUUUUCCAAGCAACAGAGUGAUAUGGCAAACAUGAACCAAAUCAGUCUUGAUUUUAUUAAAAAUGAAAGUGCUUAUGAUUUAAACUUCACCACCACAUUGAGUUCAAGCCCUCCCCAGCCUCAGGAUUCAUCUCACACUUAUAACUUGGUCACCUUUUAUCUUAUGGGUGUUGGUGGUAUGACAGUCUGCUGCCUUGGUAUCAUUGGGAAUAUACUCUCUUUUAUAGUGUUGACACGAAAAACGAUGAAGUCUUCGACGUAUACAUAUCUAUCUGGCCUUGCCAUUUGUGAUUUGCUGGUGUUGAUCACAUCCGUACUUAUGUUCCAUAAAGAUGUCAAAUACCCUGAACGAGGGGUAAUCUAUUGGAUAGAUAACUACUACUCACAAAUGUUUCCUGUUGUCCAUCCACUGGCGGUUACCUUCCAAAUCACGUCAGUAUGGUUAACAUUAGCAUUU